AUGGUAAUGGACGAAGACGUUGAAAAGACCAAUGAUGUGGAGAGGACACAUCGAACGGAGGUUGUUGAUCCAACAAAACAUCUGCAUCUGACGUGGCUAUCACUUCUCAAGUUUAUCACCCGUAAUAUUUGGAGCUCCCACAAAGGAAACUGUAAACUAAAGUUACAAAGUUUUUCUAAGUACAACGCACAAGCAGCCACACCGUUGCGUGAGGAGCGCAAGAAACCUACUAAUCAAGAUGAUGAGUAUGCGGAUUUGGAUUGGGAUAAUCUCGGGUUUGGUCUAACUCCAGCUGAUUACAUGUACGUAAUGAAAUGCUCAAAAGAUGGCGAGUUCACUAAAGGUGAACUUAGUCCCUUUGGUAAUAUUCAGCUAAGUCCUUCUGCUGGAGUCUUGAACUAUGGACAGGGGGUAUAUGAAGGUACAAAAGCAUACAGGAAAGACAACGGGAAGCUUCUUCUGUUUCGACCUGAUCAAAACGCUAUCAGGAUGCAGAUUGGAGCUGAACGUAUGCUCAUGCCUUCUCCUUCUGUUGAUCAGUUUGUUGAUGCUGUUAAGCAAAUCGCUUCUGCAAACAAACGUUGGGUUCCUCCUCCAGGGAAAGGGUCUUUGUACAUUAGGCCUUUGUUGAUGGGAAGUGGUCCAGUUCUUGGUUUAGCACCUGCACCUGAAUAUACAUUCAUUGUCUAUGCUUCUCCUGUUGGUAACUACUUCAAGGAAGGUAUCGCUGCUCUUAACCUCUUUGUAGAGGAAGAGUAUGUCCGUGCAGCUCCUGGUGGAGCUGGAGGUGUUAAGAGCAUCACAAACUAUGCCCCGGUUUUAAAAGCACUAAGCAGAGCCAAGAGUCGUGGGUUUUCAGACAUUCUUUACCUAGACGCUGUCAAGAAGAAGUAUCUUGAGGAGGCUUCUUCUUGCAACGUCUUUGUUGUAAAGGGUCGGACAAUCUCAACUCCUGCUACUAAUGGAACAAUCCUAGAGGGGAUUACUAGAAAAAGUGUGAUGGAGAUUGCAAGUGAUCAAGGUUAUAAGGUAGUAGAGAAGGCAGUUCAUGUGGAUGAAGUAAUAGAUGCAGAUGAAGUUUUCUGCACUGGAACUGCUGUAGGAGUAGCUCCUGUUGGCACUAUUACAUAUAAGGACAAAAGAGUAGAGUAUGAAACUGGGGAUGAAUCUGUCUGCCAGAAACUGCGUUCGGUCCUUGUCGGUAUCAAGACAGGAACCAUUGAAGAUACCAAGGGAUGGGUUUCAUGCAUCAACUGA